AUCUUAUACUGCACUUUAAACACACCUAAAGUUGACAUGGAAAAACUCUUAGGAUCACAGAUAGGUCUUGAAGAUUUCAUAUUUGCCCACGUGAAAGGGAUCAAAAAAGAAGUGAAUGUGUAUAAAUCUGAGGAUUCACUUGGUAUCACCAUUACAGAUAAUGGUACUGGCAGUGCUUUUAUAAAGAGAAUUCAAGAUGGCAGCGUAAUUGACUCAGUUAAAACAAUCUGUGUGGGGGAUCACAUUGAAUCCAUAAAUGGAGAAAAUAUUGUUGGGUGGCGUCAUUUUGAUGUUGCUAAGAAGUUAAAGGAAUUAAAAAAAGAGGAACUGUUUACCAUGAAGUUAAUAGAACCUAAGAAGGCAUUUGAAAUAGAGCCAAGGUCAAAAGCUGGAAAUAUCUCAACAGGAAAAAUUGGUACUGGAAGGGAGACACUUCGCCUGAGAUCAAAAGGCCCUGCCACCGUGGAGGAAGUGCCCUCUGAGACCAAAACCAAGGCAAUUGAAAAAGUGGAUGAUCUUCUUGAAUUGUACAUGGGAAUUCGAGAUACUGAGUUAGCAACCACAAUAUUUGAAGCUGGAAAAGACAAAGGUAAUCCAGAUGAAUUCGCUGUGGCACUUGACAAAACUCUUGGAGACUUUGCGUUCCCAGAUGAAUUUGUCUUUGAUGUUUGGGGAGCCAUCGGCGAUGCCAAGAGAGGGUGAUUUGAUGUGGAUGAUCCAUCACUGGAGAAUUAAUCAUUGUUCCUUUUUUUAAAAAAAUAAACAAAAUAAACCUGUAAGAUCUGCUUUUAGACACUGUUAUGGACUCUGGUUUGGUUUUUGGUUUUA